CAGAUGACAAGUAAACGUCAGUGUAUUGUCAAGACAACAGGCACAGGCAGGUCAUAUCAAUAAUAUUGGUAUUUGAUUUCAAAUUAAAAAUAGCAGUUCGAUCGAUAUAUUGAAUUUAAUUCUGGUCCUCGUAAACUGCUAUAGUUAUGAAACGUCUCCUGUAGGCGGUAAAGUGAAACGCUUCUCGGAAUAUAAUUGUUUUAUAAAUUGUAAUUAUGGCAAACGCUGUAGCUGUUCAGAAGAAAACAGUUGCCAACAACACAGGGGGCGUCCGCAAGAAGUCAGGGCCUAAGUUUGAGUUAUCAGAUGAACAGAGGAAAGACAUCAAGGAAGCAUUUGAUCUUUUUGACACAGAAAAUACAGGGAAAAUAGAUACAAAAGAAUUAAAAGUAGCUAUCCGAGCUCUAGGCUUUGAACCUAAGAAGGAAGAAAUAAAAAAGAUGAUUGCAGAAAUAGAUAAAGGUGAUGGAAAAGUAUCAUUUGAAGACUUCCAAGAGUUGAUGACUGUCAAAAUGGCAGAAAAAGAUACUAAAGAAGAAAUAAUGAAAGCAUUUAAACUGUUUGAUGAUGAUGAGACAGGUAAGAUCUCAUUUAAGAAUCUCAAGAGAGUAGCUAAGGAACUUGGUGAAAACCUGACAGAUGAAGAACUGCAUGAGAUGAUAGACGAAGCGGACAGAGAUGGCGAUGGAGAAAUAAAUCAAGAGGAGUUUUUGCGCAUAAUGAAAAAAACAAGUCUCUAUUAGAAUUUACCCGAAUCUAUGCAGCAAUGUGUGGUAACUAUGUUCUAAAAAUGUUCGACUGCAACAAAAUACUUAAGUCAUUUACAUAAUGCAAUUAUUUUAGAUUUACAUCUAUCUACUAUCUUCUGAAAAUAUCUCUAUCAUACUUCCACAGGGUAUCCAGUUUUUAUUUUAGACAGUAUUAAAAAUAAUUUCGUCUUCAUUCUACCCGCAAAUAUCAUAAAAAAUAUCUUUUUGAAUUGGAGAUACAGUUGCCAAUUAAAAAAAAAUUAAUAUAUCUCGAUGUUAUGUAGAUAGGCAUAAAUAUACUAGUAGUUCCUCUUUUAUCACCCCAAUAAUUAUUUUUUGGGAAACAAAUAUCAUAUUUUAAGAGUAUAAUCUCACUUUUUGUCACAGAUUAGAAACUUAAGAAGCCACUUACUUAUAUAUAUUUUAUAACUUUAAAGUAUUAUGAUUAUUUUUAAUUGUAACUUACAGCUUAUGUGGAUUGAAAAGUCACAAAAAUCUAUAAAGACACAAUAUUGAUAAUUUUAAAGGCAACUAAAGCUGGGCAUUAUUAUUUUAAGAGCCUGCUGCUUAAUAUCUUAAUUAACAUUCUGGUAAUCCAACUGAUGGAUAACUUUAUGUAUUUUACAUAAAAAAUCUAUUAGCAACUUAAAAUAUUCUGAAUUAGACCCUUAAUAUUCAAAGUCAAGGUAAAAUAAUUUAUUUCAAAGCACUUUUCAACAUCAAAACAAAAUAUUAAAAAUGUCAGUCUAUCGGUCAGUCCUCUAGUGAAGCUAUUUGCUCAUUCUAUAGAUUCCUAUGGAGAAGAACAAGCAAUUAUGUGAAAAUAAUGUAACAAAUAUUCAGACAGAUAGAAAAAUAAAAUAACCUUGAGAACAGCAAAAUUAAUAGUUUAGAGCUGACCAGUGCCACUUGACAGCACCUGCUAUUAUUUCUUGUUUAAGAUUUAUCGCUAUAUAGCAUCUUGUCUUAGUAUAAGUUUACACCAAGUGUGAUCAAUAUUGCUUAGUAAUAUGUUCCAGUUAUUAUUUUAGUGGAUGCAAUGAAAAAAUUGUUAGUUGGUAGUUCACAUUAGUUUUAGUUUAGUGUGUCUCACACAUACUGCCAAUAGUUUGGUUACUAUUUGCACAAAUUGAGUGUUUCAAAUUGUUUGUUUUUGUAAUUAUUGUUUUAAUUUGUACCCACAGUUGUUCAAUUUUAAAAUUUCAACAGUCUGAUGUCUUAUUGGCAGCAUUUUAAAUUCUAAAUGUGCUCAAUGCAUUGCUUUACUCUUACCCUUUACCUACUUUCAAAUAAGACUAAAUAGUUAAAUCUAUCGUCUUGAAAGGUGCAUGAGUCUAUCUUAUAUUAUAUUAUGACCAAAUAAAAUAGCUACAACAUAAAUAUGCAAUUGGAAUAUAUUUAAAAAAGGCAAACAUACAUUCCCAAAUAUGUGUAUUAAACAUGUUCACUAUGAAAAUCAAUACAGGUAAACACUAUAAUAAGUAAAGAUAAGAUCUGAAUCUAAGAUCUGGUCGCCUAGCACAUUGUAUAUGGUUUUAUUGUCUAAGGAAAUAAUUUCUCUUAGUUUGUAAGUUUUAAAUUACAUUAAGUUUAAGCUUAAGGCCUAAUACAUACAUAAUUAUAUUCUCAAUCAGUGUUCUACCUCUAAAAUUGAUUUCUUUGAUCAACUCUAUGUACCUAAUUUUUAUUUGCCAAAGUGUAAUUGUAUUUUUAUUUGAAUUGUUUCUCAUUUGAUUAAAUCAAAGAAGUACAA